UUUGCGUCCAGUGCAGCAGUAGCUUGCAAGUGUCAUAAUGAUAAUUUUGAAAAUCGUCUUCGUUUUAGGUUUAUAUAACGUGGCAACUUGCUUGAGUGCUGUUUCAAAUUUUGAAUGUUCGCAAAGUGGAAGAUAUCCGGAUCCUCAAGAUUCUGGGUGUUCUAGUUAUUAUUUGUGUAGUGAGUUGCCGGGGGGAAUUUUUGUUAAAAACAGCUACACGUGUAACCAGGGCAGUAGAUUUGAUUCUGAAUUAGAAGAAUGUUCCUCCAGUUAUCGCUGUCCUGGAAGGUGCUUGGUGGAAGAAGAUCGCUUUGAAUGCACAGAUAUUGGAAGAUUUAAAAAACCGAACGACUUAUCCUGUACCAAGUACUACUUGUGUUCUCGACUACAAGAAAAUGUUUUUCUCAAAAAUGAAUUUUUUUGUUCCGGGGGAUCAUACUUUGACGACUCUUUGCAACAAUGCAGCAGCAGUUACGUCUGUCCUUGCACGAACACAUCUCUUACGACUACAGUACCACCGCUUCGAACAACAUCAUCUUCUAAAGAAGUAACAACUACAAAAACUUCUGGUCGUUACAACGGGAAAGAAGAUGUUGAAUUUAAGUGUAACAGAACUGGCAGAUUUAGUAAUCCAGAGGAUGCAACCUGCACUAAAUAUUAUCUGUGUUAUCUCCUCAUAGAUAGCACCUACGCAAAAAAAGAAUACCUCUGUCCGCUUGGACAUUUAUUCGAUCCCGUACUUCACAUUUGUACUUUAUUUUAUCGCUGUACUGUGACCACCGCUAAACCAACUACAAUGUCAGAAGUUGUAACUACAACCAGCGUGAUUAAUUCCACUUGUGGUACUUCACAACUGGAAGAAUUUACAUGUUCGACUAAAGGAAGAUUUAAAAAUCCACAAGAUACCACGUGUGCUACAUAUUUUUUGUGUUCGCUUCUUCAGAACGGUUCUUUUAUACAAACGGAGUACAGUUGUCCGUUGGGUUCUUUCUUUGAUCCAGAUCUUCAAAUAUGUAGCGGGUUUUAUGACUGUCUUUGUGGUACGAAUCGACCAGUUGUAUCAACUUCAACUGUAGAAACUUCACCAUUAGAAGAUAUUACAACGUCUUCAACAGCUAACUUGAGUUCAGAAAGUGCUGAAACUUCUUCUUCAGAACAUAUCACAUAUCCCACAACAGUUUUCACCUUUACAACCUCUACGUCAACGGAAUGUUUUGUUGAUAGAAACAAUACGCAAGAAUUUAGUUGUUCAGAAAAAGGCAGAUUUCGUAAUCCCAAAGAUGAAAGUUGUACAACAUAUUUCCUAUGUAAUCUGUUACGAAACGGAUCGUUCGUUGAGACACAAUAUGGUUGUCCCGCUGGUUCACGAUUUGAUCCAGAACUCCAAGUUUGCAACAUUUUCUACGUGUGUCCUUGUGAAGUGACCAGUACAACUUCAGAAAUCAAUACCCCAAGUUCAGAAAGUGUUGAACCAUCAUCUUCAGAAAGUACUAGAUUGACUACAACACCUUUUGCGUCAACAACUUCGACAUCAACUGAAUGUUUUGCUCAUCAAAAUAAUAUAGAAGAAUUUAGUUGUUCAGAAGAGGGACGAUUUCGCCAUCCAAAAGAUGAAACUUGUACAACAUACUUUUUGUGUAAUUUGUUAAGAAAUGGAUCUUUCGUUCAAACACCGUAUACUUGUCCUUCUGGUUCGAGGUUUGACCCUGAACUCCAAAUCUGCAACAUUUUCUACGUGUGUCCUUGUUUGGUAACAAGUACAACAUCUUCAACAUCUACCUUGAGUUCAGAAAGUGUUGAACCAUCAUCUUCAGGAAAUACUAAAUCGACUACAACAUCUUUUGCGUCAACAACUUCGACGUCAACUGAAUGUUUUGCUCAUCAAAAUAAUAUAGAAGAAUUUAGUUGUUUUGAAGAGGGACGAUUUCGCCAUCCAAAAGAUGAAACUUGUACAACAUACUUUUUGUGUAAUUUGUUAAGAAAUGGAUCUUUCGUUCAAACACAAUAUACGUGUCCCUCAGGUUCGAGGUUUGACCCUGAACUCGAAAUCUGUAAUAUUUUCUACGUGUGUCCUUGCUUGGUAAGAAGUACAACAUCUUCAACAUCUACCUUGAGUUCAGAAAGUGUUGAACCAUCAUCUUCAGGAAAUACUAAAUCGACUACAACACAUUUUGCGUCAACAACUUCGACGUCAACUGAAUGUUUUGCUCAUCAAAAUAACAUAGAAGAAUUUAGUUGUUCCGAAGAGGGACGAUUUCGCCAUCCAAAAGAUGAAACUUGUACAACAUACUUUUUGUGUAAUUUGUUAAGAAAUGGAUCUUUCGUGCAAACACAGUAUACUUGUCCUUCUGGUUCGAGGUUUGACCCUGAGCUUCAAAUCUGCAAUAUAUUCUACGUGUGUCCUUGUUUGGUAACAAGUACAACAUCUUCAACAUCCACCUUGAGUUCAGCAAGUGUUGAACCAUCAUCUUCAGGAAACACUAGAUCGACUACAACACCUUUUGCGUCAACAACUGCGACGCCAACUGAAUGUUUUGCCCAUCAAAAUAACAUAGAAGAAUUUAGUUGUUCAGAAGAGGGACGAUUUCGCCAUCCAAAAGAUGAAACUUGUACAACAUACUUUUUGUGCAAUUUGUUAAGAAAUGGAUCUUUCGUUCAAACACAGUAUACUUGUCCUUCUGGUUCGACGUUUGACCCUGAACUCCAAAUCUGCAAUAUUUUCUACGUUUGUCCUUGUUUGGUGACAAGUACAACAUCUUCAACAUCUAUCUUGAGUUCAGAAAGUGUUGAACCAUCGUCUUCAGGAACUACUAGAUCGACUACAUCACCUUUUGCGUCAACAACUUCGACGUCAACUGAAUGUUUUGCUCAUCAAAAUAACAUAGAAGAAUUUAGUUGUUCUGAAAAGGGACGAUUUCGCCAUCCAGAAGAUGAAACUUGUACAACAUAUUUUUUAUGUAAUUUGUUAAGAAAUGGAUCUUUGAUUCAAACACAGUAUACUUGUCCUUCUGGGUCGAGGUUUGACCCUGAACUCCAAAUCUGCAAUAUUUUCUACCUUUGUCCUUGUGUGGUAACAAGUACAAUAUCUUCAACAUCCACCUUGAGUUCAGAAAGUGUUGAACCAUCAUCUUCAGGAAAUACUAGAUCGACUACAACACCUUUUCCGUCAACAACUUCGACGUCAACUCAAUGUUUUGCUCAUCAAAAUAACAUAGAAGAAUUCAGUUGUUCUGAAAAGGGACGAUUUCGCCAUCCAGAAGAUGAAACUUGUACAACAUAUUUUUUAUGUAAUUUGUUAAGAAAUGGAUCUUUGAUUCAAACGCAGUAUACUUGUCCUUCUGGGUCGAGGUUUGACCCUGAACUCCAAAUUUGCAAUAUUUUCUACUUGUGUCCUUGUUUGGUGACAAGUACAACAUCUUCAACAUCCACCUUGAGUUCAGAAAGUGUUGAAACAUCAUCUUCAGAAAGUACUAGAUUGACUACAACACCUUUUGCGUCAACAACUUCGACAUCAACUGAAUGUUUUGCUCAUCAAAAUAAUAUAGAAGAAUUUAGUUGUUCAGAAGAGGGACGAUUUCGCCAUCCAAAAGAUGAAACUUGUACAACAUACUUUUUGUGUAAUUUGUUAAGAAAUGGAUCUUUCGUUCAAACACCGUAUACUUGUCCUUCUGGUUCGAGGUUUGACCCUGAACUCCAAAUCUGCAACAUUUUCUACGUGUGUCCUUGUUUGGUAACAAGUACAACAUCUUCAACAUCUACCUUGAGUUCAGAAAGUGUUGAACCAUCAUCUUCAGGAAAUACUAAAUCGACUACAACACCUUUUGCGUCAACAACUUCGACGUCAACUGAAUGUUUUGCUCAUCAAAAUAACAUAGAAGAAUUUUGUUGUUCCGAAGAAGGGCGAUUUCGCCAUCCAAAAGAUGAAACUUGUACAACAUACUUUUUGUGUAAUUUGUUAAGAAAUGGAUCUUUCGUUCAAACACAAUAUACGUGUCCCUCAGGUUCGAGGUUUGACCCUGAACUCGAAAUCUGUAAUAUUUUCUACGUGUGUCCUUGCUUGGUAAGAAGUACAACAUCUUCAACAUCUACCUUGAGUUCAGAAAGUGUUGAACCAUCAUCUUCAGGAAAUACUAAAUCGACUACAACACAUUUUGCGUCAACAACUUCGACGUCAACUGAAUGUUUUGCUCAUCAAAAUAACAUAGAAGAAUUUAGUUGUUCCGAAGAGGGACGAUUUCGCCAUCCAAAAGAUGAAACUUGUACAACAUACUUUUUGUGUAAUUUGUUAAGAAAUGGAUCUUUCGUGCAAACACAGUAUACUUGUCCUUCUGGUUCGAGGUUUGACCCUGAGCUUCAAAUCUGCAAUAUAUUCUACGUGUGUCCUUGUUUGGUAACAAGUACAACAUCUUCAACAUCCACCUUGAGUUCAGCAAGUGUUGAACCAUCAUCUUCAGGAAACACUAGAUCGACUACAACACCUUUUGCGUCAACAACUGCGACGCCAACUGAAUGUUUUGCCCAUCAAAAUAACAUAGAAGAAUUUAGUUGUUCAGAAGAGGGACGAUUUCGCCAUCCAAAAGAUGAAACUUGUACAACAUACUUUUUGUGCAAUUUGUUAAGAAAUGGAUCUUUCGUUCAAACACAGUAUACUUGUCCUUCUGGUUCGACGUUUGACCCUGAACUCCAAAUCUGCAAUAUUUUCUACGUUUGUCCUUGUUUGGUGACAAGUACAACAUCUUCAACAUCUAUCUUGAGUUCAGAAAGUGUUGAACCAUCGUCUUCAGGAACUACUAGAUCGACUACAUCACCUUUUGCGUCAACAACUUCGACGUCAACUGAAUGUUUUGCUCAUCAAAAUAACAUAGAAAAAUUUAGUUGUUCCGAAGAGGGACGAUUUCGCCAUCCGAAAGAUGAAACUUGUACAACAUACUUUUUGUGUAAUUUGUUAAGAAAUGGAUCUUUUGUUCAAACACAGUAUACUUGUCCUUCUGGUUCGAGAUUUGACCCUGAACUCCAAAUUUGCAAUAUUUUCUAUGUUUGUCCUUGUUUGGUGACAAGUACAACAUCUUCAACAUCCACCUUGAGUUCAGAAAGUGCUGAACCAUCAUCUUCAGAACAUACUAGAUCGACUACAACACCUUUUGCGUCAACAACUUCGACGUCAACUGAAUGUUUUGCUCAUCAAAAUGACAUUGAAGAAUUUAGUUGUUUCGAAGAAGGACGAUUUCGCCAUCCAAAAGAUGAAACUUGUACAACAUACUUUUUGUGUAAUUUGUUAAGAAAUGGAUCUUUCGUUCAAACACAGUAUACUUGUCCUUCUGGUUCGAGGUUUGACCCUGAACUCGAAAUCUGCAAUAUUUUCUACGUGUGUCCUUGUUUGGUGACAAGUACAACAUCUUCAACAUCUACCUUGAGUUCAGAAAGUGUUGAACCAUCAUCUUCAGGAAAUACUAGAUCGACUACAACACCUUUUGCGUCAACAAAUUCGACAUCAACUGAAUGUUUUGCUCAUCAAAAUAACAUAGAAGAAUUUAGUUGUUCCGAAGAAGGACGAUUUCGCCAUCCAAAAGAUGAAACUUGUACAACAUACUUUUUGUGUAAUUUAUUAAGAAAUGGAUCUUUCGUUCAAACACAGUAUACUUGUCCUUCUAGUUCGAGGUUUGAUCCUGAACUCCAAAUCUGCAAUAUAUUCUACGUGUGUCCUUGUUUGGUAACAAGUACAACAUCUUCAACAUCUACCUUGAGUUCAGAAAGUGUUGAACCAUCAUCUUCAGAAAAUACUAGAUCGACAACAACACCUUUGGCGUCAACAACUUCGACGUCAACUGAAUGUUUUGCUUAUCAAAAUAACAUAGAAAAAUUUAGUUGUUCCGAAGAGGGACGAUUUCGCCAUCCGAAAGAUGAAACUUGUACAACAUACUUUUUGUGUAAUUUGUUAAGAAAUGGAUCUUUUGUUCAAACACAGUAUACUUGUCCUUCUGGUUCGAGAUUUGACCCUGAACUCCAAAUUUGCAAUAUUUUCUAUGUUUGUCCUUGUUUGGUGACAAGUACAACAUCUUCAACAUCCACCUUGAGUUCAGAAAGUGCUGAACCAUCAUCUUCAGAACAUACUAGAUCGACUACAACACCUUUUGCGUCAACAACUUCGACGUCAACUGAAUGUUUUGCUCAUCAAAAUGACAUUGAAGAAUUUAGUUGUUUCGAAGAAGGACGAUUUCGCCAUCCAAAGGAUGAAACUUGUACAACAUACUUUUUGUGUAAUUUAUUAAGAAAUGGAUCUUUCGUCCAAACACAGUAUACUUGUCCUUCUGGUUCGAGAUUUGACCCUGAACUCCAAAUUUGCAAUAUUUUCUAUGUUUGUCCUUGUUUGGUGACAAGUACAACAUCUUCAACAUCCACCUUGAGUUCAGAAAGUGCUGAACCAUCAUCUUCAGAACAUACUAGAUCGACUACAACACCUUUUGCGUCAACAACUUCGACGUCAACUGAAUGUUUUGCUCAUCAAAAUGACAUUGAAGAAUUUAGUUGUUUCGAAGAAGGACGAUUUCGCCAUCCAAAAGAUGAAACUUGUACAACAUACUUUUUGUGUAAUUUGUUAAGAAAUGGAUCUUUCGUUCAAACACAGUAUACUUGUCCUUCUGGUUCGAGGUUUGACCCUGAACUCGAAAUCUGCAAUAUUUUCUACGUGUGUCCUUGUUUGGUGACAAGUACAACAUCUUCAACAUCCACCUUGAGUUCAGAAAGUGUUGAACCAUCUUCUUCAGAAAAUACUAGAUCAACUACAACACCUUUUGCGCCAACAACUUCGACGUCAACUGAAUGUUUUGCUCAUCAAAAUAACAUAGAAGAAUUUAGUUGUUCCGAAGAGGGACGAUUUCGCCAUCCAAAAGAUGAAACUUGUACAACAUACUUUUUGUGUAAUUUGUUAAGAAAUGGAUCUUUCGUUCAAACACAGUAUACUUGUCCUUCUGGUUCGAGGUUUGACCCUGAACUCGAAAUCUGCAAUAUUUUCUACGUGUGUCCUUGUUUGGUGACAAGUAUAACAUCUUCAACAUCUACCUUGAGUUCAGAAAGUGUUGAACCAUCAUCUUCAGAACAUACUAGAUCGACUACAACACCUUUUGCAUCAACAACUUCGACGUCAACUGAAUGUUUUGCUCAUCAAAAUAACAUAGAAGAAUUUAGUUGUUCAGAAGAGGGACGAUUUCGCCAUCCAAAAGAUGAAACUUGUACAACAUACUUUUUGUGUAAUUUGUUAAGAAAUGGAUCUUUCGUUCAAACACAGUAUACUUGUCCUUAUGGUUCGAGGUUUGACCCUGAACUCCAAAUCUGCAAUAUCUUCUACGUUUGUCCUUGUUUGGUAACAAGUACAACGUCUUCAACAUCUACCUUGAGUUCAGAAAGUGUAGAACCAUCAUCUUCAGGUAAUACUAGUUCGACUACAACACCUUUUAUGUCAACAACUUCGACGACAACUGAAUGUUUUGCUCAUCAAAAUAAUAAAGAAGAAUUUAGUUGUUCCGAAGAGGGACGAUUUCGCCACCCAAAAGAUGAAACUUGUACAACCUACUUUUUGUGUAAUUUGUUAAAAAGUGGAUCUUUCGUUCAAACACAGUAUACUUGUCCUUCUGGUUCGAGGUUUGACCCUGAACUCCAAAUCUGCAAUAUUUUCUACCUUUGUCCUUGUGUGGUAACAAGUACAAUAUCUUCAACAUCCACCUUGAGUUCAGAAAGUGUUGAACCAUCAUCUUCAGGAAAUACUAGAUCGACUACAACACCUUUUCCGUCAACAACUUCGACGUCAACUGAAUGUUUUGCUCAUCAAAAUAAUAUAGAAGAAUUUAGUUGUUCCGCAAAGGGACGAUUUCGCCAUCCAAACGAUGAAACUUGUACAACAUACUUUUUGUGUAAUUUGUUAAGGAAUGGAUCUUUCGUUCAAACACAGUAUAGUUGUCCUUCUGGUUCGAGGUUUGACCCUGAACUCCAAAUCUGCAAUAUUUACUACUUGUGUCCUUGUUUGGUGACAAGUACAACAUCUUCAACAUCCACCUUGAGUUCACAAAGUGUUGAACCAUCAUCUUCAGAAAAUACUAGAUCGACUACAACACCUUUUGCGUCAACAACUUCGACGUCAACUGAAUGUUUUGCUCAUCAAAAUAAUAUAGAAGGAUUUAGUUGUUCCGAAGAAGGACGAUUUCGCCAUCCAAAAGAUGAAACUUGUACAACAUACUUUUUGUGUAAUUUGUUAAGAAAUGGAUCUUUCGUUCAAACACAGUAUACUUGUCCGUCUGGUUCGAGGUUUGACCCUGAACUCCAAAUCUGCAAUAUUUUCUACGAGUGUCCUUGUUUGAUGACAAGUUCAGAAAGUGUUGAAACUUCAUCUUCAGAACAUAUCACAUAUACUACACCAGCUUUUACCUCUACAACCUCUACGUCAACAGAAUGUUUUGUUGAUGGAAAUAAUACAGAAGAAUUUAGUUGUUCAGAGAAAGGAAGGUUUCGUAAUCCCAAAGAUCAAAGUUGUACAACAUAUUUUCUAUGCAAUUUAUUACGAAAUGGGACUUUCGUUCAAACACAGUAUAUUUGUCCCUCUGGUUCCCGGUUUGACCCGGAACUCCAAGUUUGCAAUAUUUUUUACACAUGUCCUUGUUCUACAAACGUAGAAUUACCAACUUUAGAAACAUCUACAACACCAUCUUCAACCAGUACUGAGCUAACGACACCCCAGGCAUGUCUCGCAAACCCAAACAACGAAGAAUUUACAUGUUCAGAAAAAGGAAGAUUUUUGAACCCAAAAGACGAAACCUGUUCCACGUACUAUCUCUGUAACCUUCUAAGAAACGGUACUUUAAUACAAACCGAGUACUUUUGUCCUCAGGGAUCUCACUUUGAUCCCAGUAUCCAAAUCUGUAACACAGACUACGAAUGUCCUUGUACAAUGUCACCAUGAAGUUAGACUGUCAAAAUAUACGUUUGUCAUGUUGAA